AUGUUUAUCGCGUUCUAUAUCACUGAUUCAAAAUACUCGUUGGUAUUCCAAUACCUUCUGAGCUCAAAAUCGCCGUCUUUUGAACAUUUAAGGACCAAGGUACAGGAGGUUUGUCCAAAGCUGAUGAGCGAUGCUAACACCACUGAGAGCGGCACGAGGACCAAUGACGGCAACGGUAACCUGAAUGCGGUACGUCAACCAGUAGGUAAGAACCUGGAGCUUUACAAGUACUACUCGUCUACAAACAAGCUGUAUUAUUUCUGUUUGACUUCAGCCUGCAGCUCUGGUUCCAAGUGCUCGCCUUUCGUCUUUAUGGAGGAUAUGGAUAGACUUUUCCUGGAGUACUUUGAUAAGGAUCAACUAACAGCGAGUAAGAUCAAGAAUAACUACGACCGAAUUACCAUGAUAUUUUACGUCUGCGUCAGCGGCGGCGUGCCGGCGGCUGGAAAAUUGUACAGUAAUAGCGUCAAGAAAGUGGUGCCGGUGAGGUCCGAUCUGUCAAAAAUCAUCACCUCGACGGCACACACCUUGCAAGUUGCGGUUCAGCGUCAGGGGCAGCAGCACGGGGAAAGAUUUGGCAACAAGCAAUCCAGAUUCGAAACCGAUAGUUCAUUGGAGAGCGAAAUGGUGCCCUGGAGAAGUGCUGGCUUGAAAUAUACUAAUAAUGAGUUUUACGUCGACAUGACUGAAGAGAUACAUGUUACUUAUCAAAAGAGCCGCAAGACAUCUGGCUCAAACUUGCGCUUCGACUCCUCCAAGAUGACGAUGGUGUGUGGUACAAUCAAUGGCCGCGCCACCGUCAGGUGCUACCUGAGCGACACCCCGUCAGUUGAGCUUCAGCUCGAUUUGGCAGGCAACGAUAUGGGAGUUCCCGCGCUUCACAACUGCAUAGAGAAUAAAACUGACCUGUCGAAUCUCAAAUUCAUCCCGCCCGAUGGUAAAUUCAGCUUGAUACAGUACAGCAUAGAUCUAGAUCAGGUUAGCCAAUCCCGCAGAUACAACAGCUGCGUCGGUCUGAUCACGCUGGAUUUCAAAGAUCAACUGGGCACAAAGAAGGACGAGUUCGAGCUUACAGUCAACAUAGCUAACUCUAGGGAAGUUGAAAGCAUCCAAGAUUUGUGCAUCGGCCUGGAGUUGCAACCCCCAACAGACAACAACUCUCAGAACCGGGAUACCACACAGGACUCUGAAUUCAAGAUCAAGGUGCUACGCAAUACACACGGAAGAUUCGACAAUAGCGUCGUCUCCGGUAAAGGCGCCUGGAUUUUCGAUAAAGACACGCCCACCGGCAGCUUACCAGUUUUGAGAGGCUGCGUAGAGAACAGCACUGGCCUCUCCUGCGACGCAAAAGUGCAGCGCGUAUCAUUGUCAUACACACAUACCGGGCAGUUGAUAAGUGGGAUUCGCGUGAAAGCAAUUAACAUCAACUCACAAGGAACUACGGGCACAAAGCCUUUCAAAGGCGUCAAAUAUAUGACUACCACGGGUGACUACGAAAUAAGAUCUUGA